UAAAUGCAAUACAUAUUUACCAAAACUAGCAACUAGAGUGAUUCCUACACUUCUCUCGUAAUUAAUAAUCCUUCCAGUUAGCUGCGUUUGGGUGUACAAUGUAAUGAAAUCUCCCUCAUCCGCCUAGUGGCUUUGGUUCACUCCAGAGUUUCGGCAGAACGGGGCAUCAAUUUACUGAGUGAAGAUGGCGGAUUCACAAGAGAUGCUGUAAACUAGGUUUUUAACUAGAGAAUGUUCACAUUUUCUGUCACUUAAAGAUUCUUGUGGAUUGCUAACAUUUACAUUCCGGUUUUGGUCCUCGUCUCCACGGAUACGCUGCCGUUUCUGCUCGUCCUGAGGUUUUGACCUUGACAGAUUGGAGAAAGCAGAGCUGCUGUUUUUAGGCGCGUAGUCUUUGUCCGCCCCCGAGAUGAGCGGUCUGGGCCUCCACGGGGGGCCGUCUUCAGGGCUGAGCCCCAGCCCCGGCAACCCCCAGCCCCGACGCUGCUGAAACACACACACUUACGAGAGAGCUGGGAGACGGAGCGACGCACGCACACAUCCGCACACAGACAGCCGGAGUGGCCGACACACACCGCGCUCUCCUGAUAACGUCUGUGUUUACGUGUGAACGAAGGAGCGCUCCGGUGUUCGGUGACGGGAGAGAGAGGAGAGAAACUGCUGAUCCGCCGAGCAGAGAGAGAGAGAGAGAGAGAGAGAGAGAGAGAGAGAGAGAGAGAGAGAGAGGAAGGGAGGGAGGGAGUAGAAGAGGCGGAGGAGGAGGAGUGCGAGGAACGCACAGAGAGAGAAACCCAAUCCUCUUAGGUAGCCGUGCCGAGUGAAAAACCGAGCAAGACAGAGUGGGAGGGAGAGAGAGAGAGAGCGAGCGAGGGGGAGGAGGAGAGGGAGCCCGGAGGCCAAUCCAGACUGCGUGAGUCAGAGCAGGCUGCUGGCGAGCGAGCUGGUUCCUCCGUUCCCUCCAUCGCGGCGGCGUUUCGUCCAGAGAGGUGUAGAGAGAGAGCGGCGGGGUCCACAGGUGCCGAGUCAUGGGCUAUGGGGGCCAUGGUGACCUAGCGUAAAUGGCUAUUCCUCAGCACAGCUUAGUGCCACUGUCUGCUGCUCACUCCUCCUCCCCUUCUUCCUCCUCCUCCUCCUGCCGAGCCCCCGCCCCCCUCCGCCGCCGUGCCCCGCUGCUGGUGCCCCGCCUCCUUUGCCCUGCCGCCGCCGACCCAGCGCCCGCCGUCGGCCAUGUUGGGAGUGGGCGUGUGGAAGCUGGUGCGCGGCGUCCGCCAGCUGGAGCUGCACCGGCUCAUCCUGGCGCUCAUCCUCUUCUGCCUGCUCUCCAUGGCCUGCCUGGCCUACUACGUCAGCAACAGCCCCAAGAUCAAGGAGGCGCCCCCCCUGCCCUUCAGUGACUGCGGCGGGGGCCCCGCGCUCGCCGCGGGGGCAGGCGCCGGAGGCGGGCCGGGAGGCCAGCGGACGCCCCUCUUUGUGCCGCCGCGCUCGGGCCGCCCGCGGCCCGUCAAGGCCGUGGACAACUCGCGGACGGAGCCGGUGGUGCUGGUGUUCGUGGAGAGCAUCUACUCGCAGCUGGGCCAGGAGAUCGUGGCCAUCCUGGAGUCGAGCCGCUUCCGCUACCGCACGGAGAUCGCCCCGGGCAAGGGCGACAUGCCCACGCUGACGGAGCGCAACCGCGGCCGCUACGCGCUCGUCAUCUACGAGAACGUGCUCAAGUAUGUCAACCUGGACGCCUGGAACCGCGACCUGCUGGACAAGUACUGCGUGGAGUACGGCGUGGGCGUGGUGGGCUUCUUCAAGGCCAACGAGAACUCGCUGCUCAGCGCCCAGCUCAAGGGCUUCCCCCUCUUCCUGCACUCCCACCUGGGCCUGAGGGACUACCGCAUCAACCCCAACGCCCCGCUGCUCUACAUCACCCGGCCCAACGAGGUGGAGGCGGGCCCCCUGCCGGGCGACGACUGGACCGUCUUCCAGUCCAACCACUCCACCUACGAGCCCGUCCUGCUGGCCAGCACCAAGUCGUCGGAGGCGCUGGCCCACCUGGGCCCCCUCCGCGCAGUCCACGCCACCGUGGUGCAGGACCUGGGCCUGCACGACGGCAUCCAGCGGGUGCUGUUCGGCAACAACCUCAACUUCUGGCUGCACAAGCUGGUGUUUGUGGACGCCAUCGCCUACCUGACGGGGAAGAGGCUGUGCUUGUCGCUGGAGCGCCACUUGCUGGUGGACGUGGACGACAUCUUCGUGGGGAAGGAGGGCACCCGCAUGAAGGUGUCGGACGUGGAGGCCUUACUCAACACUCAGAACAAGCUGCGGACUCUGGUACCCAAUUUUACCUUCAACCUGGGCUUUUCUGGAAAGUUCUAUCACACAGGCACAGACGAGGAGGACCGGGGGGACGACAUGCUCCUGCGACACAGGAAGGAGUUCUGGUGGUUCCCUCACAUGUGGAGCCACAUGCAGCCCCACCUGUUCCAUAACGUCAGCGUGCUGGCAGAGCAAAUGAGACUCAACAUGCUCUUCGCCCAGGAGCACGGCAUCCCCACAGACAUGGGCUAUGCGGUGGCCCCCCAUCACUCGGGGGUGUACCCCGUGCACAGCCAGCUGUACGAGGCCUGGAAGUCAGUGUGGGGCAUCAAGGUGACCAGCACGGAGGAGUACCCCCACCUCCGGCCCGCCCGCUACCGCAGGGGCUUCAUCCACAGUGGCAUCCAGGUGCUGCCCAGGCAGACGUGUGGCCUCUUCACCCACACCAUCUUCUAUAACGAGUACCCCGGGGGCUCCAAGGAGCUGGACAAGAGCAUCCGCGGAGGAGAGCUCUUCCUCACCGUGCUGCUCAACCCUAUCAGCAUCUUCAUGACCCACCUGUCUAACUAUGGCAACGACCGCCUGGGCCUGUACACCUUUGAGUCACUGGUGAAGUUUGUCCAGUGCUGGACCAACCUGCACCUGCAGACCUUGCCCCCUGUCCAGCUGGCCCAGAAGUACUUCCAGAUCUUUCCAGAGGAGAGGGACCCCCUCUGGCAGAACCCUUGUCACGACAAGAGACACAAGGAUAUCUGGUCCAAGGAGAAGACGUGCGACAGGCUACCCAGGUUCCUGGUCAUAGGCCCACAGAAAACAGGCACCACGGCCCUCCACUCGUUCCUGAGCCUCCACCCAGCCAUCACCAGCAGCUUCCCAAGCCCCUCCACCUUCGAGGAGAUCCAGUUCUUCAGCGGGCCAAACUACGACAACGGCAUCGACUGGUACAUGGACUUCUUCCCCUUCCCCUCCAACGUCAGCACUGACUUCAUGUUCGAGAAGAGCGCCAACUACUUCGACACGGAGGUGGCGCCCAAGCGGGUCGCCGCCCUGCUGCCCCGGGCCAAGAUCCUGGCGGUGCUCAUCAACCCGGCGGACCGCGCCUACUCCUGGUACCAGCACCAACGAGCUCACCAGGACCCAGCAGCCAUCAACCACACCUUCAGCCAGGUGGUGACGGCCGGGCCCACCUCCCCACGAGACCUGCUCAUGCUGCAGAGACGCUGCCUUAAACCCGGGGCCUACGCCACGCACCUGGAGCGCUGGCUACGCCACUACCAGCCCAACCAGAUGCACAUCGUGGAUGGCACCCUGCUUCGCUCCAACCCUGCCCUGGUGAUGGAGGGCAUCCAGAGGUUCCUGGCCGUAACCCCCAUCUUCAACUAUACCCAGGCUCUCACGUAUGAUGAAAGUAAAGGGUUCUGGUGCCAGAGAGUAGAAGCAGGUCGACCCAAGUGUCUAGGCAAGAGUAAAGGCAGGAAAUACCCAGAGAUGAGCCCCGAGACGCGUGCCUUCCUGACGGAGCAUUACCGCGAGCACAACAUGGAGCUGCUGCGGCUCCUGAACCGCCUGGGGCAGCCUCUCCCCUCCUGGCUCCGAGAGGAGCUCCAGAGCAGCAGCUGGAGCUGAGACUGGGCCCUCCACACACACACACACACACACACUCACACACACAUACACUGUUGGGACUGGACUAGACCACACCGGGGGGGUAGAGGAAGGGGGGUGCAUCCUUCACAAACACACAACCAGUCACUAUAGAGGGUGGAGGAGGAGAGAGGGGGGUGGGUAUGCACACCUUUUUGUUUUGGACUAUGGACUCCUCCAACCGUCCCAUCACUGCUGAAGCAAACAGGGUCAUGGUAAGAGGAGGGGGGGUAUAAUAGUCCCUGUAAGGGGGCAUCUGGAAAUGGACUGCUAAUUGCCCCCCCCCCCCCUCCAUUAUGUACAGGGCCAUUGUGUUCGUGAAGAACCCUGAGGUCUAACCCUGCCAACUCUUAGACUGCGACAGAGGGAAGACAUAGGAUGAUCAAGCAGUUUCAACCCUCGGCCUGCUACAACUGGAUGUGACCUAACAGGAUAUCCUGUGGACCUCUGAAGCGCAUGAAUGAAUAGACCCAGGGCAAAACAUCCGCGAGGAGGUGACACACACACACACAAACUUCUCAUUGCGUCAGAAGAAUGAUUGUAAAACAUUGUACAUUUUAAAAAGCUGUUGUAUAUUUUGGGUGAGGAGGGCGGGUGGGAAAUGUGACAGAAUUAGAUGGUGGACCAAGCUUGACAGUGUAUUGGACUGUUUUCACGACAGAGGUGUGCGAGAUUGGGUGGAUGGUGUGUCAAUCACAGACCGCAGUCCCCUCCUCACAUGUCUCCCUCUCUCUCUCCUGCACCUCUGCUUGUGGAGCUAGUUUGGUCUGGUGUGCUCUGGUAAAGCGGUGUGUGGACUCACCAACACAGAGUCCAAUAUGAAACUCCUGCACGUUCUCCCUCACUCUCACACAGGUACUGCUCACCCUGACCUGCACUGUGUGGAGAUGGGCUACUCAGAAAGAGAGCGAGAGGAGGAGAGAGAGAGAGGGAGGGAAGUAAGGGGGACUCUAGGGGGAGAAGGAGAGAGAGUUCUGUGUGUGUCUUUAUGCCUGUGAGGUGUCUGUCAACAGGAGCUGCUGUCUUGUUUUCUGUUUAUUUUGUAAAAACCGACAAAAAGCCCAACGUUGUAUCAUCUCUAAUAAAUGUAUAGAGAGGUUGGAACCGAGUAGUCAUCUGUGUUCCUGUCUUUUUCGACAUGUCUGACUGGAUGAACGAACUGGUCACGCUAGAAACGUCAAUGUCAUAGGUUAAAAGGCGCUACCACCCUAAGCCUUUUUCCUUAUAUUGCGUCUAAAUGAUCAAACUCCCAAAUUCAAAAUGGCUCAACAAACACAGGGGCCAGAGGCCACACCGGGGGGGGCAGUCGAAAGCUGACCACUAUGAGAUGGUGGUGAAUGAGGUGUCAGAAAUGAUGUGGGCAUUAUUGAACCUGGGUAACGUGUUAAACCAACCAACCUAUUAUGAAAUGUCAAUUCCACAGUGCCAGAUGUUCUCAUUCGAAAUAAAACGUCUAUUUUUUACUGUC